AUGGACUCUGCUCUCGAAGACGAAUGUCAAGCAAUAAACGCGAUCUACACUGAAUCUACUCUGAUCGUUCUAUCUCAAAAUCCCACAAUCUGCUCUCUGGAACUUCCAGGAGAAGUCAAUAUAUCCCUACGCCUCGAAUUCCCAAACGACUACCCAGAUGCCCCUCCCUCAAUCCUGGGCACUCAGUCCGUGGGCGACAAUGCUGCUAAAGGUGAAGGUGCCCAUGUCGUCGACAUUGCGCGCGAAGUCCUUGCAGAAGUCUACCAACCUGGUUCACCAUGCAUAUUCGACCUCGUGGAAGAAAUCAGCCAGAGACUUCAGCAGUACAGCGAUCACAGCAGCGAAAGCCAAAAACUUCAAGAGCAACAAGAUGCUCAAAGGAGAGGUCAGCAAUCCUCUGCUCUGAACGACGACGACGAGACCUCAAACCCUGACCAACACACGCAGUCGCUAGACUUGCUGCCCGACAACGAACCACCCUGGCUUCUCUCCUCCGUGUUCACAGAAAAGAAGUCGGUCUUUAUCGCUCGAGCAGCGGCUACUGCAUUCCAAGAUUGUGAUGAUGAUGGCGAGACGGCUGCGGGAGGCAGGUUAUUGCAUCUCAUGCAAUUGAUGGAUAUCUGGGAUGUCAUGGUUGUGGUCACGAGGUGGUAUGGUGGUGUGCAACUGGGUCCUGAUCGUUUUAGGUUGAUCAAUACUGCAGCGAGAGAUGCUUUUGUCAAAGGCGGCUAUGUUAAAGACGCGAGUAAGGCUGAGGCGAGCAGUAAAAAGAAAGGCAAGAAAUAG